AUGGGCUUCCACUAUGCGGAUGCUCUCGAGGAACAUAACUGGGUCGGCGGAGGACUCGACGCUUAUCUCUACCACGUCACCCCAACUAUUGUGGUAAAAACCGUUCGUCGCGACCGAACCCCUAAAGAAAAGGCAGCGGAGCAUCCUUUCCUCAAAGAGAUCGCGUUCUACAAACGUCUUAAUGAGUGCCAGGAUCGAUGCCCGGAUAUUAAGGCAAUCGCCCCUCGCUUCUAUGAACGCCAGGAGCGAGAGAAAGGAAGAAAUGGGUUUCACGGGCGUCUUAUUAAGGUUAAGGAGUACGAGGAUCCUGCUCUCAUCGCUCGGUGGAUACACCAAAUCACCUCUGCUCUUGAGUAUGUGGAGAAAAUGGGCUUUUGUCACAAUGAUCUGCAUGCAAGCAACUGUCUUCUUGACCGGAACUUCAACUUGAAGCUGGCUGACUUUGGUCGUGCUACCACCAUUGGACAGCCGCUUGAAGGUACCUUGCCUCCACGGGCCAAACCAAUACUUGCUGGGCCAUUGAAAGGUACGUACGGUCUCUGCUCUACCAGAACUGAACAGUUUGCGGUUGGGACACUUCUAUACUUCAUGGUGUAUGGCCAUGAACCCUAUGACGACAUUAUCCUCAGCGCCGCGGAAUGGGAUCGCCGAUUUGGGGAAAUGGAGUUUCCAGAACAGAGCCGCAAUGAAGUUUUUGAUGGUCUUAUUGCUGCUUGUUGGCACAAUGUCUAUCCUACAAUGGCCUUGCUAGCGUACGACUUCAAGCGCAAGACAAAGGAUAUGACCGGGAAUGCAGAAUAUAUCUUCAUUGACUCUGAUAAAGACAAAGACCUGUGA